AUGAAGCAUGUUGCAUAUUACGCUCGCCCACUGUGUCAUACCGCUAAGAAACAAAACUUGUCACCUACGGCUGAGAGCCACACCACUGCAACUAGAACGCCGGCGACGACGGAGAGAGAAAUCGAACAAAUGUCGCUUGUCGAUUACGCUUCCUCUUCAGACGAAGAUGUUCCGGAACCCACUGAACAAGGAUGCAAGAAAGAGGAGGAACCCCAACCACCCCCUCGUUCUCAGACUAAAUCUGGAUCUUCGUCAAACCAGCAGCUAGAAAAUAAAUCACAUUCAUCUCUGCCUUCAGUGGAGAAACUUCCUGAUGCUUCUCUUCUGUUGGAUGCGCCCACUGUCUUAUCUAAUCUGAUGAGUGCUAGUGACCAUUUCUCUCGAGUUUCUGCAGCUCAAGCUGAAAAUGCUUCACGGAAGAGAGACUCAAAUGGAAUGUCUUCCUCCAGUGUACGUAGUAAAGUUCCCAGAGGAAACUUGCCUCAUUCAAGGAAUGUUCCAGAAACUUCUGCUGGUAUGCUACUACCACCACAGAUCAGUGGAAGGUGUAAACUUAUGGGUGGGUUGGAUCAGUUGGAAUUCUCAAAAAAUUGGGUUAGGAAGCCAUCCCCGCAAGUAAAAGAGGCAAUGGCAAGAAAGAAGAAGGGUCUUAUCCGUAAUCGAUCUACUCAGACUUGUGCAGUAGUUGGUGCCCCUUCCUUUGAUGACGGUUCUCCUUUAGGCACUGUCAUAGCUCAUUUGGGCAAUGCUAAAGCUGAACUAGCUGAGUUACUAGUUUGCGAAACGUUGUUACAGAAGACAUAA